UUAUUGCUGGCAGUAGAGCAACGAGCCGAACCCAGUUCUCUGAUUUUCUUCCUUCAACAACUCCAGCAGACCACAUUUUUCCUCUCUCUCUUUCUUCUUGUCCCUUUUAGGAAACUUUUAGGACACUUUUUUGGGAAAUAUGUUCUCCAGACUCGCCAAGUCGACCACACCCGUCGCCGCCCAGUUCAUCGCCAAUGGGGGCAGGAACAUUUCCACCUCAAAUCCGAGGAAUGUGAAGGUGGCCGUGAUGGGAGCGAGUGGGGGGAUUGGUCAGCCUCUCUCCCUCCUCCUUAAGCACUCCCAACUGAUCAGUGAGCUCAACCUCUUCGACAUUGUCCACACUCCGGGGGUAGCCGCUGACUUGAGCCAUAUCGAGACGAGGUGCAAGGUGAAGGGGUUCGUGGGUAACGAUCAGCUCAAGGACUCACUCAAGGGCGUCGACAUUGUUAUCAUCCCUGCCGGCGUGCCACGUAAACCAGGAAUGACCCGGGACGACUUGUUCAACACCAACGCUUCUAUUGUGAGAGAUUUGGCCGCCGCGACGGCUGCCGUUGCUCCAAAGGCGCUGAUUGGUAUCAUUUCAAACCCUGUGAAUAGCACGGUCCCCAUUGCAUCUGAAGUGUUCAAGAAAGCUGGGGUUUACGAUCCCAAGAGGAUAUUUGGAGUCUCAACAUUAGACGUUGUUCGAGCCAACACCUUCAUUGCAGAUGCUAAGGGCCUUGACCCUGCUCAAGUGAACUGUCCCGUCAUCGGUGGUCAUUCUGGGGUCACCAUAAUUCCCCUCAUUUCGCAGUGCAAACCGCAAGUUCAGUUUCCACAAGACAAGCUUACAGCUUUAACGGAGCGAAUUCAGGAGGCUGGAACUGAAGUUGUAAAGGCAAAGGCUGGAGCAGGCUCCGCAACGCUGUCGAUGGCGUACGCUGGUGCACGAUUCACUUUCUCCCUCCUCAGGGCACUCAAGGGGGAGCAAGGCGUUAUCGAAUGUGCGUAUGUCAAGAGUGACAUUACCGAAGCUACCUAUUUCGCCACUCCAAUCCUUCUCGGGCCCAACGGUGUGGAGAAGAACAUGGGACUUGGAAAGCUGUCCACAUUUGAGCAAGAACUCCUUGCGAAGGCCCUACCCGAACUUAAGAAAAAUAUUGAAACCGGAGAAAAAUUUAUAAACAAGUAGGAUAAUUCUGCAAUAACAACUUUUAACAAAGUAGUGAAACAUGUGUCUAAAUAAACAAUCAAUCCAAAACAAAUA